AGGCACCACUACACCACUGCUUCAUACCAGUCUAACAGCGUUUUCAGAUAUUUGCAGUGUUAUUAAAGUAGACGGUUGGGAAACAGUCAAGGAUUAUGGUUCGUGCUUUUGUUGUGUUUGGUUUGUGCUUGUGGCGUCUGGUUGAUGCAGUGUCGUCAGUGUCAGUGAUGGAGGGAGAUUCUGUCGCUCUAAACACUGGUGUUACUGAAGUACAGAACUAUUAUCUGAUUCACUGGGUGUUUAGAGAAACUCGAAUAGCUGAAAUCAACAAUCUGACCAAAAGCAGCUCCAUAUAUAACACUGAUGAUGAUAAAACACUCAGAGACAGACUGCAGCUGGACCCUCAGACUGGAUCUCUGACCAUCACAAACACCAGAACCACAGACUCUGGACUCUAUCAACUAAUACUCACCAGUGAAGAGACCAGAUCCAAGAAUUUCAGUGUCACAGUCUCCGUUCUAAAUCCUUCAAAGCCAAAGACUAUAAAGGGACUUUGCCAAAGAGCUACAGGAAAUAUCAGAUCCACACUUCAGAAACACACUUCCGCGACUACUACACAAAGCUCCUCAUCACCAGAAGGUUCAGCGAGCUCCAGCUGUGUGUCGUCCAGCUGUGCGGUGAACAAUUCAGCCAUCAAACACACUGAGAAUCUCAGUCCAGACUGUAUCCGCUAUUGUGGUACUUUAGAAGCUGUGAUCCGAUUGGUCGUCGCUGCAGUGGUGGGCGUGGCUGCUGUUGCUGUGCUGGUUUAUGACAUCAGGUCUACAAGAAGUGAACAACACGGAAGAGACAUCACCGUCAGACCCAUGGAGUGAAAUCAGACCAAGCGUCUGAGUUUACAAGAAGCUCCAGCGAUGUGUGAAUCAAGUCUGUUUUAUAGUUUAUAUUCCACUCUGCUCUUAGUUUGAUCUUCUCUCAUCAUGACUAUUUUACCAUAUUUAUUACAUGUCUGUCGAACCCCAUGAUCUACAAAUGUUUGGCCUGAGUCUCCUGGUCUUUGCUUCUGUUUCCAGCAGGUGUAAUGUGCUUCUUCUAAAACUGAUAAAUAGUGAUAAACCUUCAGCAUUCAGCAACCAAAGUGACACGAAAGAUGCAGAUAUAUCUGCUUCUCUCUGUGUGAAUUUGGCUAAAUGCUAAAUGUAAACUUAUCAAACAUAUAAUUAUCUAAAUAUUUCAACAUUAUUUUUUAGCUAUUUACUAUUUUGAAAUAUAUUUUAAAAAUUCACCUGUUUUUUUUUUCUUCCUCUUUUUUGUAGAUAAAUUAAUUCUGAUGAAUGAAAAUGACUUUCUGUAUUAUUACUGUUCCGAACACGAUUUUAUGUGCAUUUUGUAUCUAUUUUGUAUCUAUGCAUAAUUCCUCAAAGUGAUUUUUAAUGCAUUUAUUGUGAUCCUAAAUGUCUCUGUGUGAAUUAUUCAGACUAAAGGUCAAACAUCACACACACAAAUCAUCAUGGGACAUUAAAUGAAUUCCUGUUAUGUUUUAUGAGUGAUAUACAUGUGAGAAUCUUUUUUAAUCUUCAGAUUCAGUCGUUUUAAUUCAAUUGGAGCACCAACUAGUGACCAAUCAUGGAAAAACAAGGCCUUACAAAUUAGGAUUUUUAAACACUUUGUAUAAUAAUAGUUAAACAUUUCCAUAACCCUCUAAAAUCUAUAACUUCCUAAAUGAGUUAUGUGUAAUAUUCAUCUUAUAUAACACUGAUACUAAUAGAAUAUUGAUAUAAUAUAUGCUGAUGAUUGAAAAAAUGGAUUUCUUCUCUUCUGGUUGAUAUGGUAAAAUUUACAAACAAAGAGUCAAUAAAAUUUACUAAUAAUUA